GUAGAAUUUUUACUUGACAAAUGCAACUAUGCCUAUGGCAACCCAGCUAUAAUGGCCGCCGCCAUCGCUGUUGCAACGUUAUUUGUGUGACAAGUCAUGUCAUUUUUGUCCAUGAUAUAUGAGAAAAUCCAAUGGCAGAUUAUUUCUUCGGGUUCGAUACUUCGUCAUCGAACUUAAAUGACGACGAAGGAGCCGGCGAGCCGUCGGAAGAUGAAUAUGACGCACUCAACGAUGAGACCUUUGGGCAGGCUGACGGCUUCGAUUUUGAGGAGCACGAGCAGAUGGCUUCUCAGAUCGAGAGCAGCCGCCGCCACCACAGCACCCUGGACGAUGCCAACAUGCAGCUGGAAGCGUCACUAUCCCAGCUAGUGUUAGACGAGAGCGAACACACCUCAGCGCUCGGCUCGAGCGUGUGGAGGCACGACGCGCCUUUCCAAUACCAACCGCCGCACACGCAGACGCCAGCACCGAUCCUCAAGAAUGUGUGCACUGUAGAGGAGAUAGAGCGGCAGCUGCGCCAAAAACAGGCGCCGUUUCCACCAUCGCAGAACUACUUCCAGCCGCGAUUUCCUCCAGUCAUCCUGCAGCGGCCCCCGGGGCUCCAGGCCCCGGUAACACUCCCCUUCGCCCCGCAAAACAUGCCCAUGAUGCCAAUGGGCCACCCCAACAACAUCAACAGCAUGCCCAACCAGAUGGGCCAAAACGUCAACCCGAUGGGCCAAAACGUCAACCAGUUGGGACAAACCGUCAACCAGAUGGGCCAAAACGUCAACCCGUUGGGCCAAACCGUCAGCCAGAUGGGCCAAAACGUCAACCAGUUCAUGCAAAACGCCAACCACUACGCCAACAACAUGCAUCCAAACAUGCACAUGAACCAGAUGCCCAAUCAAGUCAACAUGGGCCCGAACAUGAAUAUGGGUCAGAAUCAGAUGAUGCCGAAUGGCAACCAGUUCCCGGGUUUGAACCAGCCGGGCAUGAAUCAGCAGGGCAUGAACCAGCCGGGGAUGAAUCAGUUUCCGCACAUGAUGCCCAGGAUGAUGCCUCCGCCUGGGAUGGGUAUGCCGAGGCAGAAUUUCAAUCCUAACGUUGGACAGUUCAAUCAUAAUUUUCGUGGCCCAGCCAUCCCCUCAAAACCCGAACCAAUGAUGCACAUACAAAAGAGCCAGCCCAACCAAUCCCCCCCCAAAAACGGCAAAACUCCACCAAAACUGCAGAAGAGCCGCGUCUACAACAACUCCAAAACCAACCAACCGACCAACCCAACCAACCUGACGUCCCAAAACCUGGUGCAGUUGAUACAGAAUACUCACCCGAUGCUACAGUAUAACAAUAGUUAUCAUAACGCCAGCCAUCACCCGAUGCUGAACAGGGGGUUUGGGCAGUUUCCCAAUAACAUGGCGUUCGGGCAGAGGCCGAAUGGGACGUUCAAUAAUAAUCAUAGGCAUAUGAACGGCGAUGACGUGACAUCAUUAAGCGACACGGACGAGUAUAGCGGCCUUAUGACGCAGCGCGAAAAGCAGUGGCUGAUCAACAUACAGAUGCUCCAGCUUAACACUGGCACGCCUUACAUCCACGACUUCUAUUAUACGGUGUUCUUGGAAAGGCAGUCGCAGAAAGAGAAAGAAGGAGUGAAGGAGGCUCACAAGGCGAAUCAGCAGAACCAUCCAUUCUACAGCGGGGGUGUAAAGCAGGAGUCCCACGGGCGCGAGCGGCACAACUCGAACCGGCACAACUCUACAAGCGAGGACGCGCCGCCGCGCGCUUACGUGCCCACACAGUUUGAGAACUCGCUAGGAAAGCUGCAGUGCGGCAGCGUGACUGCGCCGCGUAAGAUCAUCGACGUAGAGCUGGUGAGCGGCGCGGAGCCCGCGGCGCCAUCGCGCGCCAACAGCGUCGCCAGCACCACCAACCCUGCCGAGGUCCCUCGGGAAAUGCGCAGAACGAAGCAACUACUAUUGGACAUUGAGGCACUAUAUCUCAUACUGCUUAGGCUUGAGGAGCUGAACGAUCCCCUGGCGAUAUCCAACGCGCUCAUACUCAAGGAAAGAGAAGAGAAGCAGAAGCAGCUAGAAGCAGCGCAGAAGGAAGCGCUUGAGAACGAGCUAGAAGAGGAUUCCAACGUGUUCUUGAGAAAUAUCGAGUCGGUGCAGCGGAGGCCUAAGCAGGACAGCCCUAAGAGCGAGAGCGUAGAUAAAAGACAGGUGGUGAACCUAGCAGUGAAUCAGAAACCGCCGCCAGUCAAGAACCUUCUGGACGAAAACAAAGACGAGCUGGUCGACAAAAUGUUUGCCGGCUUACUGCACGCGGAUAGGCUCGCGCAAAUGCUCACCGUUAGAAAAGGACGGGCGCUGGUGGCGCGGUUCCUGGCGCGGCUGGGCGCAGGCGCUGGUGCGCACGCGCAGGCGCACGCGCAGGCGCGCGGCGUGUGGGCGCGGGCGCUGCGCGCGCUGCCCGCCGCCGCGCGCCGCGACCCCGGCCCCGGCCCGGCCGGCCUGCAGCAGCUCGCGCCGCACUACAGGAAAUACAUCCAAAGCUCAACAGGCUGGAACCCAAUCUUGGAGUCGUGUGGACUACUGGCGGAAGCCCUAGACCCGGCUAGGACGCCCUACGCACUCACGACCCCCUUAACCCUAAGCUGCGUCUGCGCUUUAAUAGAGAAGGCGUCCCUCCUCGUCAACACCCCCGAGGCGACCUCCAACGAGCGGCAAUGGUACAAAUUCCUAAAAACCCUCGCUCGCGCGCUCAAAAACACCACUCUAACGGUCGCCAAACCCGUCACACCGCUCCCGGAAAACAAACUACUAUUCCACUUAAAACAACUAGAAUCUAGGACCACUAUAGAGAUCCUGCAGAGAGGGAAAAGCGCUGAAUUCGCUGAUCUAUCUAAAGCUGAUGUGACGGAGCAGUUGCUAAAACAUCUGUGCUGAUGGUUCAUGUCGUGCGUCAUAGUUAGCACGUUGAAAACACUGGGGAUAAAGA